GCGCCAGGGGCUGCCGCUGCGGCCGCGCGCGCUGGUGCUCUCCCCCGGCGGGGAGCUGCAGGCGCCCAGGGCCUGGACGGGCCCCCUCGCCGACCAGGAGGGCGUGCUCUGGUGGUGGUGACCUCCGCCCGCCGCCCCGCCGAGGCCGCGUCGCUCCAGGCCGCGGCGGAGGCGGCGGUGGCCGAGUGCAGGCUGCCCCCGCCGCCGCAGCUGCCGCGGCUGGGCGAGGAGAGGACCUGUCGCCGCAGGAGCUCGCCACCAUCGAGGCGGAGACGCUGGCCUCCGAGCUGCCCCCGGGCUUCUACUUCGACGGCACAACGUACAUGGACGUGGACGGCCGUGCGCAGCCCGGGCACCCUCUGCGCGCCCAGCGGCUCGGACCGAGAAUUCUUGGCCCAUCGGAACGCGGAGGUGGACGCCCGGAACUCCCUCCUUGCGCAGGUGGCAGCGCUGCCCGUGUUCGCGGGGGUCCGCCCGUGAGGGCGGCCCGCAGCGGUGCCUCCGCCUCUCGGCAGGAUCGCCUCGCACGCAGGGGGGCUCCCGUUCGGUCACGGAGAAGCGCCCGGUGACCCCUGGCGCCAGCUUGUGGGCUUGUUGGGUCGUAGUCGGACCGCAUCAUGCGGACGAGUAACUUUCCAAGGCAUUGCACGGGCUUCAGGUUUAAUGCGCAGCAGAGAGCUGGUGCAGCCAUUGCCGCUUGUGCGCGUUCAGCGCAGAUUCGCAUCAUCUGCGGACGCCGUAGGGCAGCGUGUGAAUCCGGCAGCUACCGGAUUGCGACCGGCUCGCGGCGUCAUUCUGCGCUUCGGGGAAA